AUGAUAAGUACAUCCUUCCCGCAUACAGACGAUGUAUGCGGGAGAGAAUCGAAAGAAUUGGGCUUCCCUUCCAAAAGGACCCGCCUGGGUAGAUCUCAUAUCUAUCUAAAGUGCUUUCAACCCGGACAUAUGCGGAAGGAAUGUCCCAUGUCUAGGUUUAAUCCUGUUUCCACUUAUGCUCAUAUUCUGAAUAAAGCUCCCCAAUCAAAUUCCUUCAAAACUAAUGGUUUUGUGCCAGCUUCGGCUGUUGCUAAGCCUCCACAUCCUCCCCCACCACCACCUCCUAUUACUGGCAAAGUGCCUUCCAAUCGGGUCGACGAGGAUGGUUUUUUCACUCCCAAACAGAAUGCUAAAAAGCGAACAGUUUCGCAGUCUAAUAUCAGCUCUGUCAGUAGUGAUUCCGAGUCCAAUAUUAUUUCGAAAAAAAUUUGCUGCUCAACCCUCUUCUCCUUUGAAAUCUAA